UCGAGAAUUUAGAAUUUUUAUAUUAACUCGGAAAGAAAUUUUUUUAAUUAAUUUUAGAACCAUUUUUUAAAUAUCAAAGAAUUUUCAUUAAUUGUAAGUUAGAUAAUGCUAUAAUAAGUCAUUUUUAUAUUGCUAGAAUAACGAAUUGAAUAAUUCAUUAAUCAGGUACAAAUUUUCAAAUAAUGCCAAAAAAUCCAUUUGUAGCCAGUAAAUCGCGUAAGAAAAAAAAAUCAAAAAAAAUUGUUCAAAAAUUUAAUGAAAAUACUAUUGUUCCUAAUAAGCCAUUUUGCCCUCGAAACAUGGUGCGAUAUGAUGAUGUACCAGGGUAUGAUGUUAUGUGGACCUGUAAAAUAUGCUUAAGAUGUUUAUUGAGUGAAAAUGCAGUUUAUGAGCAUUUGGCCGAGUGUAAAAAGUCUACAUACGAAUUAAACUCCGACACACAUCCAAAAGUCAAUUUUAAUGAUGGUGAGGUUCGUCAGUAUAUUUGUAAAUAUUGUGACCAAGUUUUUUCACGUAUGGUUACAUUGACAAAACACGAAGAACAGCAUGAAAUAUCUGCCAGUAGUCCAGAUGGUGAAUCUGACAGUGAUAAAUUUUUAUUAAAUAUAAAAACAUCAAACAAUUAAUAGAAAGUGCUAUAAAAUGAAAUGUCUCCUUAUACUUGAAGUUUUAAUGAAAAAUCAAUAUGUUACAUAGUAACUAUUUAAUUAAUUAAUAAUUUAAUUAUAGAGUCAAAAUUAUGAUAUGUAUAAAUUAAUAAUGUUUAAAAAUUUUGAGUAUUUAUUAGCUUGGUUUAUACUAAACUAUUUAUAUUUGUAAAAAAUGAUAAAUCUAUUGUAAUGGCUGUUCCAUUUGCAUGAUAAAGUAUACUCCUCCUUUAAAAAUAAAUUGUAGUGUACCUAAUUUUUCAUAAGAAAUGUUAAGUUGUUUGAAGUUUACAUGAAUAUGUUAAUAUGGUUGUAUAAAACCAUUAAAACAUUGAAUAAUCUCAAAUUAUGAACACACCUGACAUUUUAUUUAACAAAUUAUUUUAUGUAAACAUAAAAUUACUUUAUUUUUAUUUAUUUUUUUUACUAGUUAAUUUACAAUUAAUUAAAAUAAAUGUAAUUAGCAAUGUACAUCAGCAAUUGAUUAUAAUGUAUAAGAUUAUUGAACAAAAUAUAACUUUAGAAUAAGCCUCA